CUCUCACACUCCACAACGUGCUUUUUCACGAAUCGACCUAUAUUUCGCUUCACAAGGCGAUGCCCAUUGUCCAUCAACUCGAGGUGGCUUACCUAGAUCGGUAUGCGCAUGAAUAUCAUUUUGCCGUGCUCCUCCGUGCUCUAGGGAGGAUGCCGUCCUCGUCUCGCCUUAGCAGCCCCACUGCUCAGCCUAUAUGGCUUGAUUUGAAAUCAGUGACGCUUAAACUGACAGGGUCGUACCCCAGGGUUAUGCCCCUCCUGGCGGAAGCAAAAGCAGGCAUGGCCGUCACCAGAUGUCCAGUCGUAUUCAGACACCAUGUGGUGCCAUACGACCAGGCAUCGAGGCUGCAAGAGAGGCAAAUGCUAACGGAGGAUGUUGUUUACAGGCACGUCUCCCCAACUUGGGAGGAGGAUGCACGCUGUUUCAUUCUUACGUAGGGUUGCAGGAGUUUUUGCUUCCAGCCAAAUUUGGACUAUGUUGUUGU